AUGGAAGAAGUUAAUAAUAUUUUGAACAAAAGGUAUAUGAAAAAGAACAUAACCGGCAAGAUUGAAUGUAAAAAAGUUCCCCUCAAUAAAAUCCAAAGAAGGAGAAAAGAAAGAAGUAACCACACAGGUCUCUUCCAAUCCCCUCCCUUUCCCACUGCUAGAUCACGUCCUACCUCCCCUCUACCUGCCCAGAACUUUACUUCCAUGAACCCCUCCACUUCAAAAGACCUGCCUAUGCUAAACACUCCUCGUGAAAACCUAGUCGUGGCCAAUAACAUCAACAUAACUCUUCAGCUGGAUUCAAGAGUGGGUUCUCCCAGGAAGAAAUUUAAGCCAAGGAAUAGACAAACAGGACUAAAAUAGAAGAUACCAAUAUUCAACAGCUAGAGAGAAAAAGAGUCAUGAAAUUAUGUCAGAAAAUCAAACUCCGAGGAAUUUUAUAGAUCACUCAAUCCCUAGUGUUAAACUUAGAAAUGCGAGCCUGAAUAACACUUUUGGUAAAAAAAAAUCUCCAGCUCCUCACGAUCUCAUAAACAUGCCGCAGAUUAAGAAAUAUAAUGGGAAUUUACAUUUCGACCCAACUCAAUGAAAUCUUUUUGAAACAAAGAAAUAUAUCAAGAAUCUUGAGAAGAAGCCUCGUAGAGCUUAUGGAAAAGGGCCUGCCUUUAAAACUAUGUGUGAAAUGAGUAAUAAUGACCUUGGAGUUUCAGAAGAAAGCGUGCAACAUCUCAAGGAUCAGGUUAACCAUGCUAUGAAUAUUUUGGAUAGCAAUCUUGAAGAUCUUCUACCACAAAGAUCCUCAUUUACACCAAUAGAACUGAUAGAAUUUUUAAGAAGCACCUUUUUAUUGACCAAGAGUGAUUCAAUGAAGUUAUGUAACUAUUUCAGAGAAAACAAUGGAACACCAAUGUCUAAAACUGGGAUGAACAAGGGUCAAAUAUGAGCUAAAAUAAGGCAAUUUGCUGGAGAUUGCCAGAAAAUACCUAAAGACCUCUCUAAGAUCUUGAACCAAACAGUAAAAAUAAAGAAAGCUCAAAAGAGUCUUAUCGAAGACUUCAAACAGCUUUGUGAAAAGAACUUUAUCUACCCAUUAGAAGUUGUGGGUAUCUUUCAAAAGCACAAAGUGAUUGCAGAUUACAAAAUGCUGGGGAUCAUCUUGCUGCAAAAGAGUAGCUCAAUUCAUCAAAUCAAGCCUGAGGUCAUUGAAAAAGACUUGAUCCCCUGCUUACGACUAACAGGGACCACAAAGAAAAUAACUUUCAAAGAUCUAAAGCGGUCAGACUCUGAGUUGAAGAAAAAAUUCUCGAGCCAAAAUAAAGAAAUGGUGACACUGAAAAGGAGUCAAGAUGAUACUUCCUACAAUAUUAGUAUUGCAGAUCUGACUGAAAUAACAAAAGCCUCUCUGAUAAAACUAGCAGAUGCCUUUUUCGCAAAGAACUUAUCUCUUCUGGAUAUUUGCCAUGGAGAUGUAUUUGAUAAAGUUAUCGAUGGGAAAGAGUACCAGAUCAUCAAGAGAAAGGAACUUAUUAGCAGUUUUCAAAAAUUAGGGAUAGUUUUUAGCAUUCCUGAGUAUCUGUCAAUUAAAGAAUUCUUUUCUCCUACUAUUCAGGAUUUUGUAGAUCUGAAUAAAUUGCAUACAUUUUUGGAACAGUUUGGGAUUAAGGAGGAUAAGCCUGAGUCUACAAAGCAUCUCAAUUUCGACAUACUUGAGCCUUGUGACAUUAGAGUUUUCAACAGGAUCAUCAACCAUAUCGAGUUUCACAAACUCAAUAGCUCUCAAGACAUGCUGAAUCCUGAAGAUGUGUCACGAAUUCACUGUGUGACUUCCACCAAAGAAGCACACUUAGAAGUUGUAAGGUUCACAAAUCUGGAGAAAGAACUACGUAAAGUGAGGAUAUUACACCCCCAUGAAGAGUUAAGUGAAUCAAUGGUGCAAUUUUUGGAGAUAUCUGCAGACCAUUCAGAGCUAUGAAUGCUCAGGAAGUUAUCAAAAGCAAUCAGACUUAUAUCUGAGUCAAAUUAUUACAGAUACUAUGGAACAAAGAUGAGAGUAUUCAGACCCGAUCCUCCUAAAGAAAGUGAAAAACCAUCUGAUAACAUCUAUGAAAAAUAAGGAAAGUGACUCGAACUCAAAGAAUGUCUUUCAUCAACAUUUAAAGAAAAGAGUGGACGAGAUUGCUACUGGCAUUAUGAGUGGUGUAAUUUCAAUAAAUAAAAAGCAAGAAAAUCUUACUCAAUCAAACACAAACAUAACGUUCAAGUCCAAUUUAAAAACAACUAAGAAAUCCACAUUCUCUAGGCUCCAAAGUCCUCCUAACCACCAAAAUAUUCAAAAUUCCCCUUCCAGAGCUCAAAAUCAAGAAAUCAAAAAUCCCUUGAAAACUUCACAAGAAUCCUUUCACAUUGAAGAUGAGAUUCAAAGUCCUGGAAAUCGCUGAAAUAAGCUAGAUAAAGAGCUUUUAAGAAAACAUUUCGGUCUCUAAUGCCUAAAAU